UCUUGUAAAUCAGCUGACUUCUGGGUGGAGGAGGCUCAUGAAGAUCAUCGGGAAAAUAACCCGGCGGGAUCUGGGAAAUAAAAGGAAGCAGCCACCCUCUCACAGACACAGUCGGCCCACGACACACCCGAACUGAGCCAAGAACUAAACCGUGAGGAGCUCCGGGCCCAUGGAACAAGACAUCUUUGCUGUCCUCUAAGCUCGUUCUGACCCCGGAAGAGGCCGUUGGCCACAGAGAAGGAUCCCAGCCAUGAAUUCAGACCAAGGACGAAGAAAGGAAGGGGCCUCGCGUUUCCUGUCCAGCUCCACCAGGAUCCAACACAGCCAAUACCCUCCUCUGUAUAAGUUAAACCUGCGGCACGAGCAAAUGGGAGAGCAUAGCCCUUUCCAGAAGUGCACCUUUGGGACGAGUUACCGGCAUAAGGAGAACAAGGUGAUCAUGCUGAUGGGAGCCACGGGAACUGGGAAGACGAUGAUGAUCAAUGCCAUGGCCAACUACAUCUUGGGAGUGGCGUGGGAGGACGAAUUCAGGUUCAAGCUGAUCACGGAGGAGACGUUCCGCUCUCAAGCGGAGAGCCAGACCUCCAUCAUCACCGCCUAUCACCUGGCCCACCAAGAUGGCUUCCAAGUGCCCUACAGCCUCACCAUUAUUGACACGCCAGGUUUCGGGGACACCAGGGGCAUUGACCACGACCAGGCCCUGACCGAACACAUCCGAGAGUUUUUCUCCUCCCCUAGAGGCAUCGAUCACCUGGACGCCGUGUGCUUCGUGGUGCAGGCGUCCCUGCCCCGCCUGACACACACCCAGCGCUACAUCUUCGACUCCAUCCUCUCCAUCUUCGGGAAGAACAUCGCCGACAACGUCCGGGUGCUGGUCACCUUUGCCGACGGGCAGAAGCCUCCGGUGCUGGAAGCCGUUAAGAUCGCUCAGGUCCCGUGCCCCAAGAAUGGGGCCGGAGACCCGAUUCACUUCAAAUUCAACAAUUCUGCCUUGUUCUGCGGCCAGGCCCCGAAGGCCGCCAGGGAAGCUGGGGAGGAGGAAGAGGAAGAGGAGGUCUUCGACGAGAUGUUCUGGCGCAUGGGCAACGGCAGCCUGAGGAAGUUCUUCACGGAGCUCGACAAGUUGCAGUCCCAGAGUCUGAGCUUAACCCAAGAAGUGCUAAAAGAACGGAAGCAGCUGGAAGUCAUAGUGGAGGGGCUGCACGUCCAGAUCCAAAACCACCUGAUGAAGAUGGAGGAGUUCCGGAAGAUAACAGAGGUCCUGGAGCAGAACAAGGACAAGAUGAAGGCCAAUGAGAACUUCGAGUAUGAGACGUCCAUCAUGGAACCUCAACAAGAAGCCAUUAAGGGUUACAUUACUAACUGCCAGAAAUGUCAUUACACGUGUCAUUGCCCCUGUCUCAUAGCAGAUGACCAUAAGAAACACAACUGCUCGGCAAUGAACCAAGCCGGGAAUUGCAACGUCUGUCCACAGAAGUGUCACUGGAAUGUCCACUUCAAUCAGCUAUACAGAUGGAAUUAUGUUCCCAAGACGGUGAAAGGGACGUACCAGAACCUGAAGGAGAACUACGAGAAGGCCCACGGGGAGCUCAAGUCAGCCGAACAACUCUCCCAGAAGUUGAAAGAAGACCUGGAAAGAGUUGAGAGUGAAGCCCAGAGCCUCAUAGAGGAUCUGUCUUGCUGCAUCCACAGACUGGAGGACAUCGCUUUGAGGCCCAACCCUCUGUCCAUCCCCGAAUACAUCGACAUCCUCAUUAUAUCGGAGAAGGAAGAGGCCAAGCAAGGAUUCCAGGAGAGGAUCGAAUCCCUGAACAAGCUGAAGACGAAUGCCGAGCUGCUCUCCACAGUCAGCCAAAUGCCAGUGGAUGGCCAAAAGACGCCUGCUAAGGAGAAGAAAGGAAAGUGGUACCAGAUGUCAAGCCGAUUCGCUCGAUGAGGUCACUGAGGCCCAGAGAAGUGAAGUGACUUGCC